UGUAGUUUCCUUGUCAAAACUUCCUGUAGAUUCUGCUUCCAGCACUUUUCCUGCCCCUCCUCCUCCUCCUCCUCGCCCCAGAUAACGCUCUGCCGCAGCCUCUGCCGCCAGUCCUUACUACACGGCCGGAGUAUAAGGCGGCCCCCCAGCCCUCCGCCAGGGGACCCCCAGGACCUCCAUCAUCUGCAGGACACAGGAUGAUGCCGCUAUGGAUGCCCUCCAUGAUACCAGGGCUGUUGUGGCUGGUGAACCUACAGACUGGCGCGUCUCUGAAAGCGAAUGGUCCCAAUGUCUGCAGCUACUGGGAAAGCUAUACGACAGCAGUGAAGGAGUCGUACGCCCACCCUUACAGCCAGACAGCCCCCGAUACCUGUGACAGCACAUGGAGCCACUUCAAGACAUGCACCCCACCAAAGAUCAUGUACCGGACAGCAUACCGCCACGGGGUAAAGAUCGACUAUAGGAAGAGGCAUCGCUGCUGCCAGGGAUAUUAUGAGAGCAAUGACGAAUGUGUCCCACAUUGCAGCAGAGAAUGCGUCCAUGGCAGGUGUGAGGCGCCAGAUCAGUGCCAGUGUGAACCCGGCUGGCGAGGAAAAGACUGCUCCAGCGCCUGUGAACCUCACUUGUGGGGACCAAAGUGCAACAAUUCCUGCAAUUGCCAGAACAAUGGGGUGUGUGACCCCGUUUGGGGCUCCUGCAUCUGUCCCCCGGGGUACAAGGAUUCGUUCUGUGAAAAGCCCUGUGAUCCGGGCACCUAUGGAAUGAAUUGCCUACUGGACUGUCGGUGUAUGAACAACGCCAGCUGCGAACCGCAGAACGGAACGUGCAUCUGUCCGGAAGGAUUUACGGGGCCAUACUGUGAGAUCAGAUGUAAAGAAGCUCAGCCUUCUAAGUACCAAUGCCCAGAGUUUUGCCCAUGCCAGAGCGGAGGCAUCUGUAACCAGAGCAGUGGGGACUGCAGCUGCCCGCCAGGAUGGAUGGGUCCUAUGUGUUCCAUCCCAUGCCCACCUGGACAUUUUGGACCUGGAUGUAAACAGAAAUGCCGUUGUCAUAAUGGGGGCCAGUGUGAUCCAGAAAAUGGGCAAUGUUACUGCUCCUUAGGGUACAUGGGGGAAGGAUGCCUGGAGGAAUGUCCCAUUGGGAAGUACGGAAAGGACUGUAAAGAGACGUGUGACUGCGCCAACGCCGUCCGCUGUUACCACGUCGACGGCGCCUGUUUAUGUGAGGCUGGCUUCUUAGGGGCCACAUGUGAGGAAAGAAUGUGCGCAGAUACCAGAUACGGGCUCCAGUGCCACAUGCCCUGCCAAUGUGACGCCCAGCACACCAAAACCUGUCACCCAAUGACUGGUGAGUGCACGUGUAACAUGGGCUGGGCCGGCCUGACCUGCAACGAGACGUGCCCCCAUGGCUACUAUGGAACCAACUGUCAGGAGCCAUGUUUGUGCCUUAAUGGUGGAUCCUGCGACAGCGAAACGGGCCAAUGCCGCUGUGCCCCUGGCUUUACAGGGAAUCAUUGUUCUCAAUUCUGUCCCGAUGAAAAAUUCGGAGAUGGAUGUUCCCAGACAUGCAAGUGUAUAAACCAUUUGGCCUGCUCACCUGUAGAUGGCACCUGUGUGUGUAAAGAAGGGUGGCAGAAAGGGGACUGCUCCGUGCCAUGUCCAAAGGGAAGCUGGGGCUUCAACUGUAACAGGACCUGUGAGUGCGCCAAUGGGGCGUCCUGCAGCCCCGUCACCGGGCACUGCUCCUGCGCAUCCGGGUGGUACGGGGAGAAGUGUGAGCUGCCCUGCAAGGUACUAUUCAGAUGGCUCCACUCAUCCUGCCCACAUCAGACACGAUAUAUACAGAUAUACAGUGCCCCCACAGCAGUGUCAGGCACAGUGCCCCUAGAACAGUAUCAGUGA